AACAUUCCACAACUUAGACACUUCCAGCAACUGGGCAUAACUCACUCAGUCUGCUGUCUCUGAGCCAGUUAGUUCUCCUGCACCAGUCCCGCUGCAAUGUCAUCCCCAAGACCAACACGGCACAGAACUUUUGUCAACCCUGGAUACUUCGAGGGUUAUUUAGAGAAACUAGAAUCUAAAAACAAGAAAUACAAGAAGUACUGGGCUGUGCUAAGAGGGAACUACCUAUAUUUCCAAGUGACAUGCCGGGAUCCAAUGUAUAUUGACAGAAUCUGUCUUGAUGACUUUGUAGCUGUAGUAAAUGAGGACAGCCAUGAUGACAUGGACCUGCAAGCAGCCAAUUUAAUACUGAAGCUGAAGCAAGGAGAUAUUAAAUUAAAGGCAGAUAGUUUGGAGAGCCGAGAGCAGUGGAAAGGUUUUAUUCACACGGUUGCAAAGUUGGAGAUCCCCAGCUUGGACCUCCUCCCUGGACAGUUUCAUAGACUUAAGGAGGUACUUGAGGAAGAGAUAAAACAACGCAGGAAGUCAACACCUCCACCUCUCCCAGCACGACCAGCAACUCCAGACCCUGGAGACAGUUAUGAUGAUGUAGAAAGUCAGCCCAGAUGCUACUAUAAGAUCUCACGGGUUGAGGCUGAGAUCAUGUUAGAGAGAAACAUGGAGAAUGGAAACUUCUUAAUGAGACCAGGCAGUGACAAUAAGAGUAUUGCAAUUACAACACGGCAAAUGCUGAAAAACAAAGCACUUAUAAAGCAUUACCGAAUCCACUGUGCAGAAAAUGGAUACAUAAUUGAAGUCGAGGGUGGAAUCUUGUGCAGCAGCAAGCAGGAAGUAAUCAAUUAUUUUGUUCAACAAACCAAUGGAGUUUUGAAGCCUUUGGAAAGAUCAAUGGACUAUGAAGUCAAUAUGAGUUUUGUGCAGGAAGAUGUCGAGAGUGGUGAAGUGAUCCAUCGGAAGCCUCUAAAAAAGCCAACAAAGACACCACUCGCAGCAGGUUUUGUGCAGGAAGAUGUCGAGAGUGGUGAAGUGAUCCAUCAGAAGCUUCUAAAAAAGCCAACAAAGACACCAUUCGCAGCAGGGAAGGAAGAGAAACCAGGUCCAGGGCUUCUUGAAAUCAUGGAACCAGAAGCAGAGUAUCUCAAUGAUCAUGAAAUUGAUAAACUGAAUCAAGUCAAAGAACAAAAACUACCCAAGGAGGCACUGAUGCCACCCCAUCGAAAACCUCAGACACAGCCAGACCCUUGCCGUUUCAGUACUCACCUUGGAUUAACAUCAGAAACUGAGAAGCAGAAUCAUGUCAAAGUACAAACUUUGUGCAAGGAUGCACGAAACCCACCAUGUUCAAAAUCAGAGACGCAGACAGAGCCUUCCGGCUGGAGUACUCUCCCUAGAUUAACACCAUCAGCUGUCAAUAGUGAGCUCCAGUUAAAGUUGCAGCAGAGAAGGGCAGUGAUGAAUGACAUUCUUCCCAGUCCACCUCUCGGUGAUCGAGAGAAGCAGUGAAGCAUGGAAAUGGGAUUUGGGUUAAACGGAAUCCAAAUAUGCAGCACUUGGACAUUGAACUGUGAGAAGUGCUGUUGAGCUCUCUUUUGGAUAAUAUCAAACCAAACUUCUUCACAAAGUGUAUGUUCACAAAGUGAUUCUGAUACCUCCAUGGACUUUGGUAAUUGUCAUUGCUGAAUGUUUUAUUUUAUGGCAGUAGAUGUUCAAACACACAACCCAGACACACAGUGAAAUGUAACAAUGGAAUGUUGUGUCACUAUUCUUUUAUUCUCAGUUGAACAAGAAGCAAACAUUCAUUUUUGAUAGUGAGAUUGUAGACACUUGUGCCAGUUCUUGCAGACACCCUCCUGAAAUUAAUUCAGGUUUAUGCUUAGAUGUACAUAGCUUAGUAAUUGUGAUGGGGUACAUACAAGACAAUUUGAGAUUCAGACUGAGAUGGGUGAGCUGGAGUUAAAAUGAGCUUUGUGGCCCCCACCUUGCUAUCUUAAUUUAGUGUGAGCUUCAUUGUUCAACUGGCACAUUUGACCAUGAGAUUUGGUAGUGGUCUUUAUGUGUGAAAUAUCUAAAAGUAGCAUGCAAAUCAGUUGUGAAAAGUUAAUAGAUCUAGAUAGCUUUUCUCACUGUCUUGUGUCUGUCUCAAUCACUGCCCCCCCCAACUCCACCAACACACAAAUACACACAAUUUUCAGUGGGAAGUGAAAAGUGUACACAGACUGGAAUAGAUUGGUGGAGGGGACAAAAAUCUCACUCAAACACAAAGAGUGAGUAAGUGAAAGAACAGGCUUCCCCACGAGAGUGCAGCUUCCCUUUAAGACCACUGCCAGCAUCAUGUUGGAAGGUUGGUAUACAGGAGUACAUGUGGACAAUAACGUUUGCUUUAUAACAAAGCUGAGCUAAGUAACCAGCAGUGCUGUGAAAAUCAACCUCAAUGGUUUUAAACAUAAUACACUUUAUGUUAGGAAAUAGGUUGAAAUGAUAUUUAGUAGAUUGUAACAUAGGACAGAAUUGUUUUUUUCCCCAAAUUUUGCCCCUCUCCCCGCACUAGACUCUUGUUAGAAAUGGUUCCAACCCUCACAUCAGGUGGCUAUUCUUUAUCUGGGAUCUUUAGAGGUAUCACUGGAUUCCUUCAGGUGGAGGACAAUAUAGAACUACCUGGACCUGUCUUUAACUAAUAAAAUCCUGCCCUCAUCCAGAUUUGCAGCAUUAUUAGCAUAAUCACCAAGAAACCUAAAUAAUUGUUCUGCUGUGAGUCCAGGAGCACUGAGACUAAUAAUAUUGUACCUCUACUGUUGUCCUGGCUGAAUUGAGUGAACACUGUGCAAAUUAUCAAACUUCUGGCCUAUAUGACUUACUUACACACCUUGUCAUUUAUAGCUAGUAGGGGGAUCAUCUGUAGUUAACAGUAUAAAAACAAGUAUAAAAACAAAUGCAUACAUUUAUGGAUUGCACUAUUAGUUCUGUAUUUAAUUGCAACAAUUUUGCAAAUUGUUAAGUGAAAAUAAAGUCCUGACAAGCAUUUUAUUUAA